UAUUGCAUUACAGGACACCUCUCCACUCCUCUGCUUGCGUUUUUUCUCCCCUCCCCACACACAUUUUUUUUGACAUAGGCUAUAUAUAUAAAUAUGUAUCUAUAUGUACAUAUAUAUUGAUAGGUGCUGACAUUUAAUUAGAGGGAGCGCUUUAUUGGAAUCAUGAUGGAGUACAUAGAGGAUAAGUUCGCCUUGAAAAGCCAGGCGAUGAAGGCCAGCGAGUACUAUAUGGACCAAGUCAUGGAGAGCUUGGACAGCGCGCAGUACUUCAACAAGCCGUCCCCGAAGUGCGCGCAGGCCUUCGGUCUGCAGGGCGCCGAGCACCGCUCAUCGCCCUGCGGAGAUCAGAGCGCCAGUUACGGAGUUCCGAAAACGGACGAGGACUCCCUGCGCUCGGAUCUCGCGAGGUCCAUCGACAGCUGCUGCUCCCUGCGCGCGUCUCCGGUCACGAGCGGUCCGGAAAAGACCGAGCUGGAUGACGUGGGGGACAAGUGCGACAGCAACGUGUCCAGCAGCAAGAAGAGGAGGCACCGGACCACCUUCACCAGCGCGCAGCUGGAGGAGCUGGAGAAGGUGUUCCAGAAGACCCACUACCCGGACGUCUACGUGCGGGAGCAGCUGGCCAUGAGGACGGAGCUAACGGAGGCCCGGGUCCAGGUUUGGUUCCAGAACCGGAGAGCCAAGUGGAGGAAAAGGGAGCGAUACGGACAGAUCCAACAGGCCAAGAGUCACUUCGCGGCCACGUACGACCUGUCAGUGUUACCCCGGUCCGACAGCUACACACAGAUCCCCAACAAUCUGUGGCCGAGCGCGGCCCCCGGCGGCUCCGUGGUGUCCUCCUGCAUGCUGCCCCGGAGGUCCCCUCCAUGCGUCACCUCCUACUCCCACUCCCCCCGCGCCACCGCCGCCUCCACUGCCGCCGACCACGGCUACGUGGGCUUCGCCGGCCAGCAGAACCAGUUUGGACACGUCUCCCUCAACAACUUCUUCGGCGCCGACUCCCUCCUCACGCCGGCCGCCAACGGCCAUCCUGCCUUCGAGGCCAAGCCCGAGUUCGAGAGGCGCUCGUCCAGCAUCGCCGUGCUGCGCAUGAAGGCCAAGGAGCACGCCGCCAACAUCUCCUGGGCCAUGUGAACCCAACAGAGGUUCUGAAACCGGAACGCCUGCAGAGACAGGGCACGGACUGUUUCUGGACUUUCCAGCUUCCCGAAGAACAUAGGUAGGUAGGUAGGUAGACGUGGAAAAUUUGCCUUAACUCACGGGUCCAUACGGCUUCAGGAGAAACUUCAGCUCAAGUUUGACUGAAGAGGAAAUGGCAUUGAGGAAAGUUGUUAGCAAACGACAGAAGGACGGUUUAAAGGGGUAGUUUUAUGUAACAUUGACUUUUUUCAGCUUAACAUCAUGUUGUAAUGACAUACCAGGAGUGUUGCUUUGAUUCUUUCAUGUGCGUUUGAGGAAUCCUUUGGUCACCAUAGCAACCAUUGAGCUGUGCAGAAUCCCUGGGGGGACCGAGCGACAACUUCCAGACGAAGCUCUGAGCCGCACUUUUCUUAGCUUCUGCCGCACAGAUCAGCCCUCCCUCACUCAGCUCCUUCAGACUAGCCAGCAGUAAUUAGUAAACACUUGGUGGAACUGGGCAUCUAUUGAGCUCAUUACACAAGCUUCCUCUCAGUGCAAUGCUGGUUAAAACAGUGUUUGAGAGGUUAAAAGUGGAGUGAUGAGGUGAUGAUUUCCUGAAGGCGGAGCUUCAGAAAGAGCUAGAGUUUUUAAAGAAACAGAAGCCUAAUUUCAAGGCAUUAAAGUAUGUCAAAUUUCAAGUCAUAUUUGAUGUAUAUAGGAUUUUUAUGACAACUGAAGGCAAGAUAGGUACUUCAUUGUGCUAUAAAAUGGGACAAUGUGCCUGGAAAACACAUAAUACACAUAAUCCUGCCCCUUUAAAGAGUCCUUGAUCUUUUUCACAUUUUCUUCUGUCGGAACCUUAAACUCUGAUGUAUAAUUCCAUGUGAUACAUCAACACCAAGUCGUGCAUUGUCUAAAGUGCAGAAAUAAAAACUUAUUAAAGGAAAUAUUUGGGGUGUUUAUGCAAGCAGCAUAAACAUCCCAAUAGUAGAAUGGAGGGUCGGAAAAACAGUGGCAGGCGUGAUACUGGCUCACUGGAUGUUCACACUGCAGCAAAAAACCCCACCAAGUUUCACACAUUAUAAAUAAAAUUGAUUAUGAUUAUUAUUUAAGGUUUAUGCGUUCAUCUUGAUUUUACAGUGAAUGUGACCAUAAAGGAAGGAAUCAGUCAGACCUGCAGUGCAAUCAAAAAAAGGCCACAAGAAAUUAUUUUUGUGAUUUCAAGGUGACAAAUUUGACCAAAAAGUUAGAACACCACUAUCUUACCAGAUGCUAUUUUCACAUCUGUUAUUGUGGUUAGGAAUUUCAUAUAAUUAUUAAUUCCCCAAUUGAUUAAACCAUUUAAAACAGUCUGGGCUUUUUAUGAGGAGACCUUUUCUUUGAAAAUUAAGUUUUUUUCAAGACUUUCAAAAUCUUAAGACGGGUGAGUGCAAACGCCAAUAAUUUGAUAAAUAUUUCAAAUUCUUCCUUAACAGUUUGGGUGUUAUAAUGUUCAUUGUCGAUCUAAAACUUUAAAAAGUGAUUUUGUGUGUUGCGAGUUUCAGUUUCAUUUGACCACAUCAUCCUCUUUGAUAUUUCUGUAUCUGCAGGUUUUGUUACCACUUUCUUAUGUUAUUUCAGGUCUUCUUAACAUUGGUUGCACUGGAUUGUAUUUAGGAUUAUGAAGUCAAAAGGCCAGAACACAAACACACACUUUUCCGAUCUUUUUAUUUGGGAAAUAUGCGGAGACAGUCUACUGACACAUCACCACUUUGUGUUGGUCUAUCACACAAAAUCCCCAGUGGAAAAAAACAUCGAAGUUUGUUAAUGUUUUUGUGGGGGGAAAAAAUGUGAAAAAGCUCAACAGGCAUGAAUUAUUAUUUUUUUUCUUUUUCAAUGAUUCCCGUGUUGAUGUUCUGUUCGUGUUUGAGUUCCCGGUCAGAACAAACAUUACUUGACCUCCUGUGAUCUGCGGAGGUGAGAGCCGCCAUGAAGUCUUCCUCCGCCGAGGUCAUGGAGUCACUUCCUCAUGACCGAGACGUAAAGAAGGACAACAGGAAGCAGUAAAAAAAAAAGAAAGAAAAUCCCAAAGUCUCUUGACAGAAUUUGUGAGCAUUCUGUCGCUUUUUGGAGCCGGUCUGAAAAAGCUUUCCUCUGAGGUCCGGACUGGGAGUGAAGCGAACCGACUGUUGGUACUAACGUGUCUGUGUGCUUUGUAGCAAAGCUCUGAAUCCCUAUCGUCUGCCUUUGGUCUGCAUGGCACAGUGCAGGCAACGCAGGCAGGUUCUGGAACUGUAUGUGUUUUAAUGUGUUUGUGGACGUGUAAUAAAUGAAUGUCACUUCA